AUGGACAGGAGCCCUCUUAGGCCUCAGAACUACCUUUUUGUUGUAGAGGAAGAUGCAGAGUCAGAAGAUGAAGAAGAGGAAGAUGUAAAACUGUUAGGCAUGUCUGAAAAGAGAUCUGCUCCUGGAGGUGGUAACAAGGUCCCACAGAAGAACGUAAAAUGUGAUGAAGAUGAUGAGGACGACGAUGAUGAUGAUGAUGAAGAGGAAACUGAAGAAAAGGUUCCAGUGAAGAAAAAAAACAAAAAAACAAAAAAACAGGAAAAAACUCCCAAAGCACCCAAAGGACCUAGUUCUGUAGAAGACAUUAAGGCAAAAAUGCCAGCAAGUAUAGAAAAAGGUGGUUCUCUUCCCACAGUGGAAGUCAAGUUCAUUAAUUAUGUGAAGAAUUGUUUCAGGAUGACUGACCAGUGA